CAGCGCUAACCAUCACUGCUACGAUGGAAGGACCCUGCCCCGUCUGAGCCUAGUAUCAGCAUCCACAACAGCUUCCGAUCCAGUGAGGGGUAACACAGAAACAGCAGUGUAGACAACCACCUUGAGAAACAGGCCCUGAUGUCUGAUCUUCUCGGGCAACUGCAAUUCGCAGUGGCGCCAUGAUGUGAUGACACUCUUGACACUUUGGUUGUCUGACAAAGGAAGUUCUAGCGCUGAAACCAAGAGUGAGCAGCAACCGUUCUGCCGGAAAGGGUGCCGUAGCUUGAUGCUGCUAACACUCACAGGAAGCGUAACCCAUGUGGCGCGAUCGUCUUGAGGCUUUCUCCUAUUUUAAUAUAACCCAAGAAUUUGCUUGCAUCGCUCUAUCAUGAAAAGAGCGCAGUCACAAGUCUCUCCGAAAAAGCUCAAGAUGGGACCCAGCGCUGAUAGUGAAGGAUUCAUGGACCAUGACGGCGUGCAAAGCCCGCUGCCGGCCACAACGGUAGCUGUGGUGGGUGCAGGCCCGUCAGGUUUGAUGCUUGCAUCAAAUCUGGCCCGAUAUGGAAUAAAAACCACUAUUUUGGAUGACAGGCCAGACAAGACGUCAACUGGAAAAGCUGAUGGAAUGCAGCCAAAAACCAUCGAGACUUUCAAGCAGCUCAGACUUGCAGACGACCUCCUGAGAAAAGGGGUCAAGGUUUACGAUAUAUCUUUCUGGGAAUCUACAGCAGACAAGCCUCUUCAGCGUACAGGUCGCCAGAUUCAUUAUCCAAAUCAUGUCGGGGCGUCAGAUCCAUACAUCUUGCUGGCGCAUCAGGGGAUGAUAGAAGAUAUCCUGAUCCAAGACAUGGAAGAGCGAGGAGUUUCUGUUUCGCGCAGCAGUCCGUUCAUCGAAUGUUCAAGCUCAGCUAUAGGCAGAAAAAUCAAUGUCGUCUAUAAAGACUCCACAACCAAGGCACCUAAGACGAUAGAAGCGGAUUAUCUCGUUGGAUGCGACGGCGCACGCUCGAAAGUUAGACCUUUCAUACCUGAGGCCAAGCUGAUUGGUGAAAUGACAAAUGCGUCAUGGGGGGUCUUGGACGGUGUUAUUGAGACGGAUUUCCCAGACCUGUGGAGCAAAGUUGCUGUCCGCACACAACAUGCUGGCUCCAUUCUUUGGAUCCCAAGAGAGCGCAAUAUGACCCGGCUAUAUGUCGAACUUAGCUCGAAGGACGGCGAUCGGAUGGAUAGAUCCCUUGCCACGCCAGAAUAUGUCAUCAGCAAAGCCAGGGAAGCGAUGGCACCAUAUACUUUGGAGUGGAAGAGCAUUGAAUGGUUUGGUAAUUACGUCGUGAGCCAGAGGGUUGCCAAUCAUUUCGCAGAUCCAGAACUACAGCUUUUCAUCGCUGGAGAUGCCGGUCACACUCACUCUGCCCUUGCCGCCCAAGGUGCAAACACCAGCAUGCAUGACAGCUUCAAUCUUGCCUGGAAGCUAAACCUGGUAUCACGAGACCUAGCCUUCCGCUCCCUCCUCGCCACAUACGAAGAGGAACGGAAGAAAAUCGCCCGAGACCUCAUCGACUUCGACACCGAGCACGUCCACGCAUUCAGUGAAGGCGAUGAGGCUCUCGCGCGCAACUUCGACGAGAACAUCCGCUUCAUCUCCGGCGUCGGAGCAGAAUACGCGCCCAACAUCCUUAACCAGGUGGGCUCUACGCCACUACCGCCAGGCUCAUCAGUCAACCUCCUGAAGACCGGCAGCCUACUUACACCGGCACGAGUCUCCCGCUACAUCGACGCAAACCCCAUCGACAUCCAGCUCGACAUCCCUCUCCUCAGCCAGUUCCGUAUCUACAUGUUCAUCCCGAACCUGCAGACUGGCGCAGCGUUCCUGGAAAGCCUGUGCAACUAUAUUCAGUCAUCAACAUCCUUCCUCUCGCUCGCCAGCAUGCGUGCUAACAAGUCCUACGCCGCAAAUCCACCUGCUGUUGCACCGCUGGAUGACUUCGCCCAGCUAGACAGAUACACGCCCGUGUCCAAGCUAUUCACGUACGCGCUUGUCACGCGCACUGCGAAAUCUGAUACGGAGAUUACCGCUUUGCCGGCUCUGUUGCGGGCCAGCCGAUGGACUUUCUACCUUGAUGAUGUCAUGUCUGGUGGCGGGUGCACGGAGAAGUGGUUGGGUGAUGUUGCUGCAGAUGAGGUAGCGAUUGUGAAUGUUCGCCCAGAUGGGUAUGUGGGGAGCAUUGGGAGGUGGAGAGGCGGGCAGGAUGCUGGGAGAAAGGCGGGAGGGUGGUUGGAUGCAUAUUACGGGGGAUUUUUGAAGGUGUGAAGAAGUUGGUAGGUUUGUUUUGUUUAUUUUCUUACUUCUUAAAUUUGAGGAUAGAUGAGUAGAAGAAGUUGCCUCUUUUAUCUAUUGAUAUGUGUCCGCAUUAUGUUUAUGAAGCCAAAGAAGCAUGUGACUCUUUUUGCAAUCAUUAACUUAUUUUUCUUUAUAUGUGGUCAAGCUCAUACUUUGUGCCAACGACAUUUCCUCUAUCUAUCACUAUGAGUGCCAUCUGCUUCGUUGUAGCUAUCAUUGAAAAUGAUUAGUUGUAUACAAGGGGUCCCUUCCAGCAUGUCUUGGCGCAAGAGCUUAUUCUUUCCGGCCCAAUGGCGUAACGAACUAGACGCCUUUAGC